AUGAUAUUAGCUACUCUUUAUUUGCUGUUAUUUUUCUCGUGCGUAAUUGGGACAAGGACCGCUCACCAGGAUUACAUCUCUGUGUUUCAACUUGAUGCAAGGGAUCGAAGCCCAAUUAAGAUAGUUGAAGAGAAUGCUGCUGUAGCUUACUUGGGGGAUACAUUCGAUAUAUCUGAUUUUUAUUCCUUGGGAAAGGGCAGUGAUAGCAUUGUGAAUUUUAUUGAUGAGCAGAAGGAUUUGAUAGAAGGCGGAAGCUCUGAGAAACCUAAAAUGAUCGUUUUGGUCAAUGGUGCAGAGGAGCCGGAAACAUUUAUUGAGAACAGGAUUCCGUCUUUUAAGGUUCAAGGAAAAGCUGGAAGCUUAACUCAUGGUAUCUUCAGUAAAUUUCCAAGGCAGUUUAUGGCUUUAAGAUCAAAAGACUAUAAUCUUGAUGCUUUGACUGACGAAAUGAAGCUAUUAUACUUGAAAGGUGAAAAUAGUGACAAAUUAAUCAGGCAUUUUCACUUCUUCAAUGAAAACUUGAUAUCUAUAUGGAAAAAUUUCAAGUCAAAUGUCAUUGGCUCUUUCAAAGGAACUGCUGAUGAAGAGAUAGUUGUAAGUAGAGGAAGUAAAUUGGACAUGUCAACUUUAAAUGUCAUCAAUGACAGGCUCUUUAUCAAUGAGUUGUCUCAGUUGGUUCAUUUGAAUCAGGAGGAAGCGAAGAAAGGAAAUUUAAUUUUCUUCAACUCUAAUUCUUUGUUAUCUAUACACAGAAUGAUUGGGUCUGAAUCAAGUACCUACAAGUUCGCUAGAAAAGUCCUUUCUAACUUUCUAAUUAAGUUGCAAGACAAGUACGAGAUUAUAGUUGUUUCCAUUCCAGUUGGAACUGCUCAACCGUAUCACUCAAACAUUUCCAAGAGAAAUAAAGAGUUGGCGGACCUUUUUAAGAUCAGCGAUUAUUCGAAGAGGUCCGUAACUUCAAAUUCAUGUUUUGGAUCUGAGGAGGCCUGUCAAGCAAGUACUUCGAAUUGUAACAGUCAUGGUGUAUGCUCAAAGGUGAAGGCGAAAUGCUGGACCUGUUUGUGCUCUCCUACUUUCAAUAAGACUACAUCAAAGACUACCAAAUGGUCGGGCACGGAUUGUAGCAAAAAAGAUAUAUCCGUCGAAGCAAAUCUAUUCUUAUGGUCACUGUUGGCAUUGGCUAUCUUCUUUGUUGGUGGGAUCAAAUUACUAAUUGACGUAGGUAAUGAACCUUUACCUGGGGUGUUGGAUGCCGCUACAAGCUCUAAAAAGUCUUCGUAA